AUGAUCUUGCAAUAUGCGCUUCUUACGCAUGGCUUGCAUUCUGAAUCUCUGUCGAUGGCGAGUCUCUGUAGUUGCAAAAAUGCGCUGGGUAACUCUGAAUUUAUGAGCAAAUGUACCAGUCGCAAGUAUGACCCAUUUAAUUUGUUUGAUCUUGACUGUGCAAAUUAUGUGUUGCCGGUAAACUUUACAACGUCUAAUGGUUUAUUGCAAGACGUUCGGUUUGAUUCCACAACUCCAAUGUUUAUUGGCAACAACGAUGUUUAUCACUUCCUUCAAGUCACCGUAACAUUUGGUAUAGUUCCCGAAAGAUACUCACCAAAUGAUGAUUUAACAUUUUUAUGGUCAGCAGAAUGGGAAUAUGGAAAAAACAAAAAAUGUUUUCUGCUAGAUAUGACUAAGACAGAUUUGGUCAAGAUGACUCCCGGAGGAAAAAGAUUUUCAAUGACUUCGGAUCCCGGAGAUUUCGAGUUUGGUCAAAGUUACAACUUCACAAUAAUUGCAUCUCCUAAUUUACCUGCACCAUCAAAUUGUUUUAAAGUGAAAUAUAAAAUGCCUGUCGACCCAGAUGUAUUCCAAGAUGACAGUGAGUGCGAGGAUUAUUAUGCUCCUUAUGGAAACAAUCAGGCCUCAAAAUGGUACGCCACUUUUUUGACGAUAACGAAGCAGGAACUAAAUGGAUCAAUACGUAUCAGUUUUAUUGGAGCACCCCCUGGAUUUUGUUUUGAACAGUAUAUCCUCUCUCUGGGAAGGAGUGAUAUUAAGCACCAGACGGUUAUUUCAGUUGAGCAAAUGCAACCAAAACUAAUCCAUAACAAAACAUACUUAAUUGGAGAACACACGUUUACUGGACUAAAGUAUGGAGAAGAAUAUCGGCCUGUUGUUGUUGCUGUUGCGGAAUCUAAACAUGAAGUAAAUAUCAAAGGUAAAAAACAGCGCAAAUGUCUCUGCCAGAUCUUCAGACUGUCCGAUAAUCAGGUUGCCGGCGGUUGCAACUGCAUUCUUUCAGAAUAUCGAGCCGUAGUUUUAGAAAAAUUACAUCGGUCUUUUCUUGCUACAACUGCGGGUCACUUUCAUAGGGAUUUCACAAGUCUUCCGCCGAAACGGGAAAACGCUACUGUUGUGCACAUUGCCUUGUUUGCCACUGCAGUUAUUGCAGUGAUUUUAUUAGGGUUAAUCUACUUUAUGUUUAUGAAAUUUUAUCGUCAGUAUCACCAGCGAAAAGUCAUCAUUCAUUUCGGUUUAUCUUCGAAUGUAAUGAAUGACAAAGUUACUGGAUACCCUAUCGUUUCUCCAUUGAUUGCUAAAGAGCGAACAAAUGUUUUAAUAAUAUAUGCACAUGAUAGCCAACUUCACGAUGAUGCAGUUAUGGCUUUGGCCCUAUUCUUGCAGGAUACACUUGAAUUCAGUGUCCACGUUGGUGCUUUUGAUCUUAUUAAUAUCGAUCACUGGGACAGUGGUGAAAUAGAGAUUAAUAAAAUGGAUUAUGUUUCUUUAUCAGUACAGAAAGCUGACAGAAUAAUUAUUGUGAAUUCGUUCGGGGCUUAUAAAAGAUAUGAAAGUAAAAUUGAUCAUGAGUGUUUAAUUGGUCGAAUCAAUCGCGGAAUCUUUGACGAAUUAUUUGUAAUGCAAAUUGACCAGGCUCUUGGACGACAGUCUUGCAUACUCUCGGUGAGGUUUCCCUACACUCCAUCAUCAUAUAUCUUAGCCCCACUACGUGUCUCAUCGCAAUAUGUGUUGCCCGAUAAUUUGGAACUGCUGCAGACUGCACUGUACAAAUCUGGUCAUGGCCCUGCAAAGAUAAAUUCUUCAUCGCGCCAUCUUCUUUUUAUGAAUACUGCGGUUUUAAGGAUGUCUAGUUUUAUUAUAGCUCACCCAGAAUGGUUUUAUAAGACUCAUUGCGCGAUUGCGCGAGAAACUAAUCCUGCUCAAACAGUUCUUCCAUUGGUUACGGUCAAGACUGACAACGAUUACUCUUCGGAGUUGGUACGUCGUAUUAAUACGGAACUUUAUUCGCUUGAAAAUUCAAAAAAACAUUCUCCAAAGCAGGAUUCCUCUGACGUGAUUAUCUCUACUUCUGUAAAGAAUCCUGAGCCGCCUGGGAAACUUGAUUCGGGUAUUCAUACUGAGGAGGAGUGCAAUAAUGCUGAAGGUUUAAAUUGUAUGAUAAAGUCGGAAAUACCAGUGAACAAUCAAAAGGAGUGUUUCGAACUGAAGAACUUUGAAGGUGGCGAUGUUAAAGAAAAGAGCGAUUCUGGAUAUAUUGGAGAACUGGUUUCUCCAAAUCCUUCUUGGGAAGAAGAAUUUUCAAAGUUUACCUAUUUUUCUCCUCUAGUUUUGGCAGCCGAGGCGCUUAGAGCGCAUGGGUUUGAUUGGGAGGCAGUUGGUUCAGCAGAAGAAGACUUUAGGAUUUAUUUGUCGUUACAGUAG